UGACGCGGAAACUACAACCAUAUCGCUCCUUUUUUUUUUUUUUUUGUGCACACUAACCGGCAUGUAAAUACCACUUCGCCGCGCUUUGCAUCGGCAACGCUCACUCGGAUUUAAUGUUAAGAGGGGCUCAUUUCUACGUGUCCGAACCGCGCGGCCCUUCAGCAGCACUGUGUCCUGAUGCGGAGAGACGGUCCGUAGAAGUGACUGGGUCGAGAUGCUGUCCGCCGGUACACAGCUGCGGCUUCCGCGGCUCCUGUCCUGUGCGACUCUUGUUUUACUUUUCCAAGUCACCGACGCCAAGAGGGAUUUAAAGAGCGCCUGCACCACCUGCAAGCAGGUGACCGACAACUUCAACAAGGGCUUUGAGAGAACAGUAAAGCAGAACUUUGGCGGCGGCAACACGGCCUGGGAGGAGAGGACCCUGUCCAAAUAUGAGACGAGUGAGAUUCGUCUGAUGGAGAUCGUGGAGGGGCUGUGCGACAGCAGCAGCUUCGAGUGCAACCACAUGGUAGAAGAGCACGAGGAGCAUUUUGAGACCUGGUGGUUCAAGAGGAAAACGAAACAUCCUGAUCUGCACAAGUGGUUCUGCGUUGAAACCAUCAAAGUGUGUUGUCCAAAGGGGACAUUUGGACCUGAUUGCAAUGCCUGUGUGGGGGGCUCCGAGAGGCCUUGUCACGGAAACGGAAUGUGCGACGGCGACGGGACCCGCGGAGGGAACGGAAAGUGCAGCUGCGCCCACGGCUACGAAGGCGACUUCUGCCUCGACUGCAUCGGCGGCUACUUCAACGAAGAGAGGAACGACACCUUCUCACUUUGCACAGAAUGCCACGCCUCUUGCAAGACCUGUACCGGAGCAACCAGUCAGGACUGUGAUGAGUGCAAGGAAGGCUGGGAGGACGAUGACCAGGAAGCUUGUAUCGAUGUGAACGAGUGCUCCAGAGACCCGUCUCCGUGUGAAGAAGAUCAAUACUGCCACAACACGGAAGGCUCCUACUCCUGCAAGGCUUGUGACAAAGUUUGCUCUGGCUGCACCGGACCCGGUCCCGAUAAGUGUCAGGCUUGUGCUGGCGGGUACGAGGACGCAGACGGUUCCUGCACAGAUGUCGAUGAGUGUUCCCAGUCGGAGUCCGUUUGCACGAAGGAGCACCAGAAGUGUGUCAACACCAAAGGCAGCUACGCGUGCAUCUGUUCGGUUGGCUACGAGGAGGAAGAUGGCGAGUGCGUCCAGUCGCCACCGCCAGAAGUGGAGGAGACGGAAGCUUCUGAGACGACCGCAAGUCCUCACAGGGAGCUUUGAUGUCAAAACUGGGACCGUUAGGGGCAAAUCAGGAAAGGAGCUGAUCGUCGACUUCGUGCACUUAUGUACCCGCCACAAUUGGAACCAACAAAAGCUGCCAAGUCCGAGUUUGUCAGCAGCGGAUCAUGGAUUAAAGGACUGAAAAAAAGAAUGAGACAUUUGAUGCUCUUACUGCGCUGGUUGUCGUGGCUUUUCCCUGCUGUGCGCAAACUACCACUUGUUGUCUUCGUUUGUUAAAUGGUUUUAAAUUUUAAAGGUGUUUCAAUAAAGAUGAAUGAUGUUAAA